AUGCCUUACAAUAUUGCUUACCUUGCAACUCCCGCUGACUAUCUGAAUACGGCACGCAGCAUGAUAAGUGAUUUUUUCUUCCCUCAGCCGGGCGGAGUGGAAAGUCACAUAUAUCAAGUCUCUUCAAAACUCAUCGACCGCGGACACAAGGUGAUCAUUGUGACCCAUGCGUACAAAGGCCGGACCGGAGUGCGUUACCUAACCAAUGGCCUCAAGGUCUACCAUGUUCCCUUCUUCGUCAUCUACCGCGAAUCCGCUAUGCCAACAGUCUUCUCCUUCUUCCCAAUAUUCAGGAACAUCAUGAUCCGAGAACAAAUCGAGAUAGUGCAUGGACAUGGUAGCUUGAGCUGUUUCUGUCAUGAAGCCAUCCUUCACGGUCGGACAAUGGGCCUACGCACCGUCUUCACCGACCACUCCCUCUUUGGAUUUGCAGACGCUAGUUCGAUCCUUGCAAACAAGGUACUCAAGUUCACACUUAGCGAUGUGGAUCAUGUUAUAUGCGUCAGCCAUACUUGCAAGGAGAACACCGUACUGAGAGCGUCUCUCGACCCUAUGAUGGUCUCCGUGAUCCCAAAUGCUCUGGUAGCAGAGAACUUCCGUCCACCCUCAUACACUGGGUCCGUGAGUGGCUCGUUAAACAACCGCCCGUUGGUUCAUAGAAUGCCUGGACCCCGUCUCCUUGGUCCCGACGACACGAUAACGAUCGUGGUGAUAUCACGCCUCUUCUACAACAAAGGAACAGACUUACUGAUAGCAGCAAUACCACGGAUACUUGCGCUCAAUAAAAACGUACGGUUCAUUAUUGGCGGAUCUGGGCCAAAGGCUAUUGACCUGGAACAAAUGCUCGAGAGAAAAGUGCUUCAGGACAAGGUAGAGCUCCUUGGCCCGAUCAAGCACGAAGACGUGCGCAAUGUGAUGAUCAAGGGCCACAUAUACCUUCAUCCCAGCCUGACAGAGGCUUUUGGCACCGUGAUCGUAGAGGCUGCCAGCUGUGGGCUGUACAUUGUCUGCACCCGUGUUGGUGGUAUCCCCGAGGUUCUCCCCCAGCAUAUGACAACCUUUGCAAAGCCAGAAGAGGAUGACCUAGUGCAAGCAACGGGAAAGGCGAUUGCUGCCUUGCGGUCGAACAAGGUGCGCACGGAGAGGUUCCACGACCAGGUCCGAAUGAUGUACUCAUGGACUGAUGUCGCGCGACGUACUGAACGCGUCUAUGAUGGGAUCUGUGGCGCCAUCAGUGAGGAAGAGUUCUACGGCAAUUUCCCCAAGGAGAGUUGGACAGGGUCGCGCAGACGAGAGCACAGUUUUGCGCUCAUUGACCGGCUGAAGCGGUACUACGGUUGUGGGAUCUGGGCCGGAAAGCUGUUCUGUCUCUGCGUUGUGAUCGACUUUCUGCUCUAUGUUUUCCUCGAGCUGUGGAUGCCACGCAGUAGCAUCGACGUCGCACGAGACUGGCCGAAGAAACCGGCUGGUAGAGGCGGUGGCCAGAUACUCGAUGCUCGCCAACCGGUAGGCAAUGCUCGGCAUCCUCGACACAAUGAGACAUGGCAGGAAAUGAUUUGA